CGCGACAUCAACAUCAAAAUUACUUCCCAGUCGUCGCGAAUUCUUCAUUUUUCAUUUAAAUCUUGCAUUUUUCGUCUUUAUUCUUCACUUUCCGGCUCUUUCCUCUCCCCAAGCCCAAUUUGAAUUUGGAGCGCAAACCCACGAAUCAAGUUGAUCGUCCCGCUUCGUCACCCGGUCCCGUAAAAAACAGCGUUCGUUGGUUGGCGCGUGCAUUGUAAUGCAAAAAUCGGCAAAAACGGCAUAAAAAAGCGCGAAAAGCCAUGGCAGACUCCAUCGACGACCUCUUCCUGUGCUUCGAGGACGAGCCCCAGCCGGAAAACGCGCCCGACCAAGAGCCAGCCGCACCAAGCACACCGUUAUCCAACAGCGAUCCAGAUGGCCAGAACAAGGCGUGCAAGCGCGAGCUCGAGGACGAGGGCGCGGACGGCGGCCCCAAGAGGCCGAAGACCGACGACGAGGUGGUGGAUCUCACAGACAUCAACUUGGAGGAGCUGAAAAAUCGGAUCGUGGUCCACGUUAUCGAGUCCAUGGAGGCGUGCACGCACGAGGUCGCGUGCCCCCCGGGGCAGGAAUAUGUGCCGCUGAGGACGGGGAGGAACGAGGCCGCCAAGCAGUACCCGUUCGCUCUGGAUGCUUUCCAGAAGGAGUCGAUUUUGUGUGUCGAUAAUAACCAGUCAGUUUUGGUUUCGGCACAUACUUCGGCUGGCAAGACGGUUAUUGCAGAAUAUGCAGUCGCCCUGUCGCUAAAGAACAAGCAGCGCGUAAUCUACACGACUCCGAUUAAGGCACUCUCCAAUCAGAAAUACAGAGAAUUUCUCGACGAAUUCAAAGAUGUAGGUUUGGUCACCGGAGAUGUCACGAUCAAUCCGAGCGCUUCGUGCCUCAUCAUGACCACCGAGAUCCUGCGAAACAUGUUAUACCGAGGCUCAGAAAUAAUGCGAGAAGUGGGUUGGGUGAUAUUCGACGAGAUCCAUUACAUGCGUGAUAAAGAACGCGGCGUCGUCUGGGAAGAAACUUUGAUUUUGUUACCACACAAUGUUCAUUUUGUUUUUCUGUCGGCUACAAUUCCAAACGCAAGACAGUUUGCUGAAUGGGUAGCUCAUUUGCAUCACCAACCGUGUCACGUGGUGUACACAGACUACAGACCUACACCGUUACAACAUUUCAUUUAUCCGGCGGGUGGGAGUGGCAUUCACAUGGUCGUGGACGAAACCGGAACUUUCAAAGAUGACAGUUUCAACGCCGCCAUGGCGGUCCUCCAAAAUUCAGGCGACGCCGCCCGAGGCGACGAAAAAGGCCGAAAAGGCGGAAUAAAAAACAAAGACGCGACCCAAACCGACAUUUUCAAAGUAGUUAAAAUGAUAAUGGAGCGGAAUUUCGCUCCAGUCAUUGUUUUUAGUUUUAGUAAGAAGGAUUGCGAGUUGUACGCAAUGCAGAUGACGAAGCUUGAUUUCAACACAACCGCUGAGAAACAACUAGUGGAUGAAGUGUUCAAUAAUGCGAUGGAUGUUUUAACCGACGACGACAGAAACCUCCCUCAGGUUGAGAACUUGUUGCCUUUGUUGCGUCGCGGAAUCGGGAUUCACCAUGGGGGGUUGUUGCCGAUUUUGAAAGAGACUAUCGAAAUUUUGUUUGGGGAGGGGUUGAUUAAAGCGUUGUUUGCAACGGAAACUUUCGCGAUGGGUUUGAACAUGCCGGCGAGGACUGUGCUUUUUACGGGUAUGAGGAAGUAUGACGGGCACGAGUACCGAUGGAUUACUUCUGGUGAAUACAUUCAGAUGUCUGGACGUGCGGGACGAAGAGGGCUUGAUGAUAAAGGGAUAGUUAUUUUGAUGGUUGAUGAGAAGGUACCACCUGCUGCUGGGAGAGAUAUCGUGAAGGGUCAACCAGACCCGAUCAACUCGGCUUUCCAUCUGACUUAUAAUAUGGUGUUGAAUUUGUUGAGGGUUGAGGAGAUCAAUCCAGAGUAUAUGUUGGAGAGGUCGUUUUAUCAGUUCCAGAAUCAAACAGCAAUACCCGGUUUAUACGACAAGUACAAAGGAAAAUUGGAACAAUGUAAUAGUUUUCAAAUUGAAAGUGAAGUUCAGAUUGCGUCGUAUUACAACAUAAGGCAACAGUUGGAUAGACUUGGACUGCAAUUCAGGUCUUAUUUAACUAAGUCUAAUUAUCUAAUACCUUUUUUGCAGCCAGGACGUUUGGUUAAGAUCAAAAUCCAAGACACCGAGUACGACUGGGGAGCCGUGGUUAAUUUCAAAAAAGUCAGCGAGACGGUACCGGGUAGAAGGGGUGCAAAAGCAAAUCCCGCCAAAACUUCGACAAAGGUACAGGUGGAUUUGUUGUUACACGUGAUGGCUGAAGAUGCUUCCGACAACAAAGACGUAAUUCCUAAACCCUGUCUGGACGGCCAGAAAGGAGAAGUGGAAAUUGUAAGCGUCGAAUCAAGCUUAAUCACCCACAUAUCAUCCGUUCGCCUGUAUUGUCCCAACGAUUUGCGCCAAAAAGACAGCCGAAAAGGCGUCUACAAGUCGAUAAAAGAGGUAAAAAAGCGAUUCCCGGAAGGCCCGCCUUUGCUCAACCCGAUCGACGAUAUGAAAAUAACCGAACCCGACUUUGUAGACAUCGUCAAAAAAAUCGAACAACUCGAAAAAAAAAUGUAUGACCACCCUCUACACAAACACUCCCUUCUGGACACCGAAUACAAAAAAUACGAAGAAAAAAUCAAAUGUUCCGAAGAAUUGGCCGUUGCGCGCCAAAAACUGCUAGAGGCGAAGUCUGUUUUACAACUUGAUGAAUUGAAAUGCCGUAAAAGAGUAUUAAGAAGGCUAGGUUAUUGCACCAAUACGGAUGUCAUACAAUUGAAGGGCAGGGUGGCCUGUGAAUUGAGCAGUGCCGACGAAUUGCUAAUCACCGAGAUGAUUUUUAAUGGUGUGUUUGGGAACUUAUCGCCGGCACAAGCGUGUGCCCUUUUGAGCACUUUUGUUUGCGACGAAAGGGUUAACGAAGUUCCGAAAUUGUCGGAAGAGUUAUCCGGUCCUUUGAGACAAAUGCAGGAACUUGCUCGAAGAAUAGCAAAAGUAAGUACCGAAGCCCGUAUACCGCUAGAGGAAGAUUCCUAUGUUGAGCGUUUCAAACCAUUUUUAAUGGACGUUGUCUUUUCCUGGUGCAACGGUGCAUCUUUUAGCGAGUUGUGCAAAAUGACGGAAAUUUUCGAAGGGUCGAUAGUUAGAUGUAUGCGUAGAUUAGAGGAGUUGUUGCGACAAAUGGUGCAGGCAUCGAAAACAAUCGGGAACACAGACUUGGAAGACAAAUUUAACACUUCGAUCAAAUUAAUAAAAAGAGACAUUGUUUUUUCUUCCAGUCUUUAUCUGUAAUAUUUCUCUUUCUUUUGUUUUUUUCUGCCUUUUUCUUUGUAUUUUAGAGUAGCAUUGUUUUCGUUGGUUACGUUUUAAAUUUACCUGCAAGGAUUGUGUUUCCCCCCAACUCCAUCUACCACCCGCUACCCUAAGCUUUAGUAGUAUAUAAGAUCUCACAAGGGAAUAUUUUCGCGUCAUUUCGGAUUUGCGACAGAUGGAAGUAUUGACGUGUGGUGACCGAAAAUUUCCCUUGAAGUUUGUGAAGUUUGAUUUGUAAUAAACUCGUAAAUCACGGCUGGUUCUUUCUGUACUAUGUAGUUGCGCUCUCAUAGUACGGAUCGAACAGCCGGCUAUUUGGGGUUUAAUUUCUUUGUUUUUGUAAAUAUUUUGGUGAGUAAAUAUUUUUUAACUCGUG